CUAUUUGUUUUCGAAAUGAGUCCUGGCAAGUUGGAGCAACCGACCGCGCUCUGCCGCGCUCCGCCGCACCCGGGCCUCUGCCUCUCUCCCACACUCGUGGGGCUCCCGGCCUCAGACGCGAGAUUGACGGCCGCACUUCGGGGAACCGGCGAGGCCUGCCCUAAGGAGACGUGCCAGUGCAAGUGUGGCGAGAACUGCAACUGCGGCACCGACUGCAAGUGCUGCACGAAAACGGGAGAUGCCAAGGGCUGCUGUUCCGGGAAGCAGUGCUCCGACAAAAAAGCGUGAGAAGGAAGAAGGGGCGCAGGAUGGGCAUCGCACUCGCAUCCCGUCAUUCGCAUCAACUUCCAUUUCCUAUCAAUAACCCAUGCGUGCCAUACGUGUCAUGAUGAGCCUGCUCUCUUGGCAUUAUCCAUUUUUGUUUAGUUCCUGACAAUAAAAAUGUCAAAAAUGCAUUCUGCAAUAGUUUGUCAGCUUCCCUCCCCCACACCACUGGUGUCACCCAUGUGUUAAAUAAAACAAUUCCAACUUUCA